AUGGCUUCAGAAUCGAAACCCACUGUCCUGAUCAUUGGAGGCCUAGGCUUCGUCGGACGCUACCUCGCCAAAUACAUCCACACUCACGACCUUGCCUCCGAGAUCCGAAUAGUAGACAAGCAGCUCCCCCAGCUCGCCUGGCUUGCCCCCGAGUUCGCCGAGGUCUGCACAGAGGAGCGGUUCUACCAGGGCGACAUGUCACGCGAGCACACAUGUGAAAAAGUGCUUACCCGCGCCGACGGCACCACAUACGACUACAUUUUCAACUGCGGCGGAGACACCCGCCUCAGCCAGGACGACGAGAUCUACAAGCAGCGAAACUUGAAGCUGUCGACAACGGCUGCGCGCGUCGCCGCGCGCAAGGGCACAAAGUGUUGGGUUGAGCUCAGCACCGGCGCCGUCUACAAGAGCGACCGGGAGCCAAGCAAGGAGACGGACAAGCUCAAGCCCUGGCUCAAGCUGGCGACAUAUAAGCUCGAGGCUGAGGAAGAGCUGGCGAAGAUUGAGGGGUUAAAUCUGGUCAUCCUGAGACUAGCAAAUGUCUACGGCGAGUACGGAAGUAAGGUUAUUGCGACGAUGCUGUGCAUGGCUCGCGUGUACUCGUAUCUGGGCGAAGAGAUGAAAUGGCUGUGGACCAAGGACCUGCGUAGCCACACCGUGCACGUCACUGAUGCUGCGCGGUCCGUCUGGACCGCAGCUGAUUGGUACUGCAGUGGCAAGAAGAACUGGGACGAGUCAUGGGGGAGCGUGCCGAUAUUCAAUAUCGUGGAUCAUGGGGAUACUUCGCAGGGUGAUCUCCAGAAAUACAUUUCAAAGAUCUUCAGCAUCAAGACUGGCUUCCAUGGGACGAUUGUGUCCUCGUUUGCGCGCAUGAACCUUGGCUCCGCGGUAGAUGAGGAGAACGAUGAGGUGCUGCAGCCGUGGGGUGACCUGCUGAAUGAGGCGGGGAUUACGAGGCCCGGCCCGAUCAACCCGUACCUGGAGAACGAGCUGGUGAAGGACGACGACUUCAGUCUCGAUGGCAGCAGAUUUGAGGCCGUUACGGGAUUCAAGUACGAUGUUCCAAAGGUCACGGAGGAGGGCCUACUACAGAUCAUCGAGAGCUAUAAGAGACUCAAUUGGUGGCCGCCAAUUGAUUUGCAAAAAGAUGGAUCGGCUUAA